CCCAGGGCGGUGGGUGGCAGCUGGCAUUCGGUGGUGCUGUGCUUCAGCUGUUAGUCUUGGAAAACGUCCUGGUGAUAACUCCUUUUGCACUGCUUGCAGUUUCUGCAGGGAACACGGUUUUCUCUUGUGCAAUGGUGAGCUGGCCGUUACAGCCAGCAAGAGGAGGACUUGGCUGCCUGUAGCGGAGCAAUACAGAAUUAAAACUCUGCUGUGUUGUGAAAUGUUUUAAUUUUUGCAUCCAGCAGUCUGCACCUCGGGAGGAUUUUCAGCAUUUGUGCUUUUUCAUUGAGUAUCUUUGAGAUCUGAACCAAAUCUCAUUGCUUCAUUAUUGAUUGCAGAGUAUUUCCAAUCCAGCUGGUGGGGACGUGUUUGGAGGGGUGUCAACGGCUGCGCCGCCGGAAUGAGCCUUUAACCUGGAGCCUUUAAAUCGCUGCAGCAGCAGCCAGGCAAGCAAUUGUGGCUAAUUGCAGGCUGACCCCGCUGCGCUGCCUGGGGAGCCAGCGGGACACGUCAAACGGCAGCUUCGUGCCUUUGUGCUGCCGCUGGCACAAGCCCCUGGUGACAAGGUGCCAGGACGCGUCCUCCGGGUGAAAACGGGGCCGUGCAGACCCUCGGCAGGGCUGGGAGCUGCUCUCAGUGCUUUGCAGCGUGGUGGAUGAUGCCUGGACCCAGGAUGGUGUGAGCAGAAGGUUGAUCAUGCCAGAAUGUGCCUGUUGCCCUGCUGACCUGCCCGCUGUCCCUGUCCCUGCUGCCUAUCCUGCCUGGCGCCAUGGGAGGAUGCUUCUCCAAGCCCAAACCAGUUGAAGUGAAAAUUGAAGUUGUGAUACCCGAGAAGGAAAGAAGCAAGGAGGAGAUGUCACCCAACGGGAAAGCCAGCCCCUUGAUCUACAAAGUGAAUGGGACUGCCCGGCAUUAUCAUCUCGAGGAGCAUCCCGUUGCCAGCAACCCCUACCACCACCCAAAGGAUUUGGUAGAAGCAUCUGUGUGCCACGUGAAGGACCUGGAGAACGGACAGAUGCGGGAAGUGGACCUGGGCUGCGGGAAGGCUCUGCUCAUCAAGGAGGGUGGUGAGUUCCAUGCUGUGGGACACAAGUGUCCCCACUAUGGGGCUCCACUGGUCAAAGGGGUUUUGUCCAAAGGAAGAGUCCGCUGUCCCUGGCAUGGAGCUUGCUUCAACAUCAGUACAGGUGACAUAGAGGACUUUCCUGGAUUGGACAGCUUACCCAGGUUCCAGGUGAAGAUUGAGAAGGAGAAGGUGUACAUCCGAGCAAGCAAGCAGGCUCUUCAGACACAGAGGAGGACAAAGAUGAUGGCAAAGUGCAUCUCCUUGAGCAACUACAGCCUGAGCAGUACCAACGUGCUGAUCAUUGGUGCAGGGGCAGCUGGACUGGUCUGUGCAGAGACCUUACGCCAGGAGGGUUUCUCAGACAGGAUCGUGAUGUGCACCAUGGAUAGACACUUGCCCUACGACAGACCAAAGCUCAGUAAGUCCAUGGAUUCCCACCCAGAGCAGAUUGCCCUGCGCCCCAAGGAGUUCUUCUGCACCUACGACAUUGAAGUCCUGACUGAAAUGCAGGUUGCAGCUGUGGAUGUCAAGAAUAAGGUAGCCAUGUUCAAGGAUGGAUUUAAGAUGGAAUACAACAAGCUGCUGGUAGCAACUGGAAACACGCCCAAAGCUCUCAGCUGCAAAGGCAAAGAGGUGGAAAACGUUUUCAACAUCCGGACACCUGAAGAUGCCAACCGUGUGGUGAAGCUGGCCACGAGCAAGAACGUGAUUAUCGUGGGAGCAUCCUUCCUGGGGAUGGAAGUGGCCGCCUACCUUGCAGAGAGGGCCCACUCUGUGUCCCUGGUGGAGCUGGAGGAAGUCCCCUUCAAGAAGUUCUUUGGGGAGAGAGUUGGCCGUGCUGUCAUGAAGAUGUUCGAGAGCAACAGGGUGAAGUUCUACAUGCAGACAGAGGUGUCAGAGCUGCGGGAGCAAGAGGGCAAGUUGAAGGAGGUUGUGCUGAAGAGUGGGAAGGUCCUGCGUGCUGAUGUCUGCGUGGUUGGUGUAGGUGCAGUCCCAGCCACUGGCUUCCUCAAGCAGAGCGGCAUCAACAUCGAUUCCAAAGGCUUCAUUGUGGUCAACAAGAUGAUGCAAACCAACAUCCCUGGGGUCUUUGCAGCUGGUGACGCUGUCACCUUCCCACUGGCCUUGAGGAAUAAUAAGAAGGUGAAUGUCCCUCACUGGCAGAUGGCCCAUAUGCACGGCAGGGUCGCUGCACAGAACAUGCUGGCCCAUGGCAUGGAGAUCAACACAGUCCCCUAUCUCUGGACUGCAAUGUUUGGGAAGAGCAUCCGAUACGCAGGCCAUGGGGAAGGAUUUGAUGAUGUUGUCAUUCAGGGAGAUUUAGAUGAACUGAAGUUUGUCGCAUUUUAUACCAAGAGUGAUGAGGUGGUGGCUGUGGCCAGCAUGAACUACGACCCUAUUGUGUCCAAGGUGGCUGAGGUCCUGGCUGCUGGCAGAACCAUCCGGAAGCGUGAUGUGGAAACUGGAGAUAUGUCCUGGCUAACUGGGAAGGGCUCCUAAUGCUGCUGUGGGCUGUGCUCUCCUGCAGCUGUGCUGUGGGGAGACGGGAGAGCAGCUCCACAGACCAGCUGGAACCCUGUGGCUGAUCAUUUUCUUGGAGACCUGGAUGAACCCAGAGCCUCUCACUGUGCACUCUCCUUCUCAGCAUGACUCCUCUGCCCUGGUGCCUACUGGGCUGGGGCUCUGCUGGUGCAGUUCCCAUCGGAUGCUGGGAAAGCACUGUCAGUGGGCAUGGGCAUUGCAGGGCUGCAGAUGCUGCUGGUGGGCUGGGGGUCCCCAGGCAGUUCUGGCCCAAGCAGGCCCCUCAGCCCCAUAACAGCACAAAUUACUUCUGUUGCUCCCUGUGUUUUCCAGCAUGUUGCCCCUUCCCAAAUCCUGGCAGAGCUCCAAGAUGCAUCCCCUUUGAGCCUGACACCUCCUCCCUCUCUGCCUGGCUCUCCCCACGCCCACCACCCUGGGGAGCACCCAGGCAGGGAGAUGGGUCACGCCAGAUGGUCUCGAUCCCACCUGUGUUGGUCUUGCACCCUUCCUCCUCCAAGUUGGUCACCCCUUCCAGCCCCCCCCACCAGGGGUGAGUCCCUGUCAAAGUUCUGGAGCUCAUUUGUCCCCAUCCCAGGUCCCAGCAUUUCCCCAUCCCGGGGCAGAGGAGUGGCUGGACAUGGCUGUUGCCAUCUCCUGGGGCUUGGUUUGGGCUUGGGCACUGGCGGCUCUUGGUCAGUCCUCAGGGUGCAGAGCAGGGGCUCACCCAAGGGGUGUGACAGCCCGAUUUGCAGCCCCCUGGCUUGGUGGCCACCCUUCCAGCCAGCCUCUGAUGUUUCUCUCCUUAAUGAUUACUGCAGGAUCAGUGCUGCUGCUGAGAUGUUACUCAUUAAGUAGCCCAAGGAGUAUUUCUCUCUGUCCUUCAGCCUUCAUUACUCCUUCCUCCUCUCACCUGGUGACAUGGCUGCAUUUUUCAUCUCAGCUAUCUAUGUUGAUGCCCUGCUGUCUUGUUUUCUGACCUUGCUGGAAGAAGAGCCUUAUUUUCAGCUCAGGGGUGGACUUGGCCAGCCCAUACCCCUGUGUCCAUCAGCCUAGAAGAGCCAGAGGAGGCAAGAAGCCCUCUUGGAGAGCCUCCAGGUCUCCCCUCCAUCAAUCAGUGAUGAGCCCAAAGCAAAAGGAUUUAUAUUUUUAGUUUGAUUCACCCCCUGUGAAUUAAAGCAGUGCUAUUCUUGG